AUGCCUCCCAACCAAGGAACCACAGGCGGCGGCGGCGCGCAAGCCAAGCUCCCCAGCACGAGCGACUUCAACCAGGUCUUCAACCGCAUCAACCUCAGCCUCGCCAAGCACAGCAGCUUCCUGCAGAACAUCCGCGCCCGCCACCCUCCUCCUCCACAAACCGCGCCCUCAGCUAAGCCCGCACCAUCCACCACUGGCGCGGGCUUCUCCUCUCUUGCGGGGAAGUCCUCUUCGUCAGCAUCAGCCAGGACAGCGAGCCAGCCCUCAAACAUCCACCGCAAAUCCAGAGCUGACCUCGACGCCGAGGAGGCCCAGUUCGCCGAGCACUCCGCCGACGUUGCGGCCGCCGCGCUCGGCAGCAACGCGGGCAUUGGCUACGUGCCAGAGCGCAAGGCGACCGAGCGCGCCGCCGAGGAUCGCGACCUGCGGGGCCGGCUGCUGGGGAAGCGGGCGCGCGAGCAGCGCGAGGAGGCGGCGGCGGCCAAGAACAAGAAACGGCAACGCGGGCGGGGCGGAGCGGAGAGCAGCGAUGACGACGAGGAGGUCGGGCGGAGUGGGCUUGGGCGGUCGAAGAAGAAGAAGGCUGCUGCACCACCGGCGACGAUGAGCGAGUCCGAACCAAUACAGCAGGAUAUUGACCUUAUGGAUCAGCCGCAGCUGAGAGGAAGUCCAGCAGUGAGAGAUGGCACAGGUUCGGAGCUCGAAGUCGCGGCUAUAGCUGUCGUAGAUAGACUUGAAGCUGGCCAUCCUAGCGACGCGCGAGGCUCUCCUGUAGCGGAUGAGCCGAGCCACCACUCUGGGCAAGGCUCAAAGAAGAAACGGAAGAGAAACAAGAAGGCGAAAAGAAAGGGUACAAGUUCUGAACAGUCUACCCGGGGUUCGAGCGCCUAG